UAUUUGUAGUAUUUACGACGUAGCCAAAAUUUAGUUAUGUUACAGUCAUGCACGAGUGCUGUCAGACGUGUAGCCCAUAAUCCGAACCACAACCUACUCCGAAGCUACAGCUCCGCGCCCUCUGCGCAAGCAAAGCUCCUCAAACAAUCUCUGUGCAAUCUUCUCCGAGAGACAGCCCAGCCUGUGGCGGUUGUCACGUCAACCCUACCAGGCCACAAAGCUGCACCACAAAGCGAUUCGUCCGUGCAAAGCCAGACAGAAGCACCGUCAAUAUUCCAUGGCGCUACAUUGUCGUCCUUCACUUCCAUUGCACUCGAUCCGCAUCCGCUUGUCGCAUUCUCUCUCCGCGUCCCGUCACGGAUGGCUCUGGCUCUAAAUGCCCACGCAUCAAAGCCCCAGAUGCAAAUGUCGUCCCAUAUGGUCAUCAAUAUCCUUUCUGCCGCACAAUCGCGUAUUGCCCAAUUGUUCUCCGGUCUAGAUCUGCAUCCCUUUUCGAAAUCGGAGGUGCAGUGGACACACUCUGCAGAUGGUCUCCCAGUUAUUAAGGGUGCUUUAGGCGCGCUCUCCUGUGCUGUGGUUGGUCGGUCGUUGCCCUUGAGUGAUACGCGGUGGCUGCAUUCGAGCAUGGAGGAGUGGGAAGCGGAGGUGCAGCAAGCAGAAGGCGGUAGUGGGCUGGCUUCAGAGCUAUUCAUUGCACGUGUUUUACGUGUGGAGAAUGUUCAAGAGCUAGAGGGUCAAUUCGAGAAUGACAGAUUACGGACGUUGCCUUUACUCUACCACCGAAGAGCCUACACUACUGUGGGCAAGAUACCAAAUCCAUGACUCGUCUUGUCGCCAUCCACUCGCAACUCAGAAUUCAUCAAGGCAUCACUGUAAUGAGUGAAAAUCUCCAAAAGUCCAUAGUCAGACAACAAUUCGCCCAGCAUCACCCGCAUUGUGUGUGGGGUGGGCGACGACAGACAUACAUGUGCUCUAA